UUUAUUGAUCGGCACCGAAGUUCCAAUAAGUGAUUCCAUAGUACAGUUCGGUCAACGCGUGUACGGUAUUCACGUUUAUCAAGAAAUAACACAGGUUUACGUGUGGACAAAAACGGAGGUCUAAACGUACACUUUGAGUAUUUCCCGACUCUGAAUACUACUCUCGGCUAAGAUUUAGAGCGGUCCGCCAUCACCGUGGUAGGAGAUCUUUGGCAUGAUGAAGAUGUUCGGGAGUUUCCUAGCCUUCGUCAUCGUCGUCGAUGCUAUUUCUUCGGCCAAUGGUGCCAACAUCAUCAUAUCCCUGCUCGUACCCGGAGAGAGUAGCCAUGCCAAAGGAAUGUCCGCCAUAGGAGGAGCGUUAACCAGACGCGGUCACAACGUGACAAUCCUGACCAGCUCCACGGUAGGGACAAAGGGAUUCCAGAAGGACGAUUACAACAAGGCAGUCCAGUACAAAUUCCAGUUACCACCGGACAUGCCUGACAUGGAAACACUUGAAAAAGAUUUUAUUAAUCUUGCUUUCGAGUCUGAUCUGAAGAAGAAAGUAAAGGUCAUGGGGAUGAUUUUUUCCGUGAUGCGGAUCGGGUGCCAGAGUCUGUUAGAUGACUCUGCGACGCUCACCCUUCUCAAAGAAUCCACCUUUGACAUCCUCAUCGGGGACUCAUUUGAUGGAUGUGAUGCACUGCUUAGUAGUUACCUCGGUAUCCCUUUCAUUGCCGUCACCACUGGGACGCGGUACCCCUUGUUCAACGAACAUACCUACGGUGUACCAACCCCGUCGUCCUACGUGCCUUUCGGUUUCUUUCCUUUCUCUGACAAGAUGUCCUUUUGCGAGCGAGUUGGAAGCUUCCUUGAACACCACCUGAUCGCGAAAUUACUAGGAUGGUCCCACUUUGGCGCUUUGAAUGAGGUGAAGGAUAAGCAUGGUAUCGCUCCAGGUCGAAGCAUUCCAGAUCUCUUAGGAGAAGCAGAGUUGUGGAUGUGCAUGACGAGUUUCGCAUUUGAUUUUCCCCGACCUACCACACCGAAUUGGAUUGAGCUGAAGGGUCUCACAGACAUUCCCGUGAAGCCUCUUCCGCAGGACUAUGCAGACUUCGUUGAUGGAUCGGGCGAUCAUGGUUUCAUCGUAUUUUCAUUGGGUACACACUUUAGCGAGCUUCCAAAACCAGGGAUGGCAGAGGCCUUUGCAAGAGUCUUCAGUGAGCUUCCACAGAGAGUCAUCUGGCGCUAUACUGGGCCACGCCCUCGUUACCUUGGUAACAACACCAUGCUGGUAAAAUGGAUGCCACAAAAUGACCUACUAGGUCACCCGAAAGCCCGGCUCCUCAUCUACCACGGCGGCCUCGCGGGCAUUUACGAAGCCAUCAGCCACGCCGUCCCUAUGGUCAUCAUGCCAAUCUUCGCCGAUCAACCCUCAAACGCGGUCAGGGUCGAGGCUAAAGGAAUGGGGAGAGUGAUUGAGAAAGACUCCAUCACGUACGAGACCGUGAAGGAAGCUGUGGUCGAUGUCCUUGAAAAUCCCAGCUACUUAGAAAAUAUCCGACGAUAUUCAGGAAUCUACAGGGAUUCCAUAACCAAACCGGAUGAUGUUGUUGGCUUCUGGGUGGAACACAUCCUCAAAUUUGGAGGGUCACACUUGAGAUCUAGAGCCUUGGAACUCAGCUUCAUCCAGCUUCAUUCGAUCGACGUUCUCGCUUUCAUCGUCGGGAUCAUAGCUGUCAUCGUUUUCCUUCUCUAUACGUGUUGUAAGCGAUGUCUAUCAUGUUGCUUAAAAAGCAAGAAAACGAAAAUAGAAUAAUUAUCGAUCUUAUUUACUGGGUGUAAAGCCACACAUAUGUUUAAAUUAUUGAAAUUUCUCCCAGGAAGCAUUACAUUU